GUUGGCGCCUUUGCUGGUGCUGUGGAGAAAGUGAUCGCUUUGGCCGCACGUAAACAAGACAUGGCUGACUUCAGGACAUAUAACGUGGUCAUUCUGGGAAUAGGCUUCUUAUUCAUUUUUACUGCCUUCACGACCUGCGGAAACAUAGAGCAAACUGUGGUGAAAAGUCUGCAUAAUGCUACUUUCAGUGGAAGUGGAUAUCACAGCCUCGGCAUAAUAUAUGGAAUUUUUUCAUUUGCAAAUUUAUUAGCCCCCACUGCUGUAGCAGUAAUUGGACCACGGUUUACCAUGUUCUUCAGUGGAAUUCUUUACAGUGGUUAUAUAGCUGUAUUCAUUUCACCAUCGUCCUGGUCCUUUUAUUUGACUUCAGUGCUAAUAGGUUUUGGAGCUGCUCUGCUUUGGACUGCUCAAGGACACUUUCUGGUGGAGAACUCUGAUGCCUCCACCAUUAACAGGAACACUGGAAUGUUUUGGGCUUUGUUGCAAUGCAGUAUGUUGUUUGGCAAUCUUUAUGUUUAUUUAGAUUGGAAAGGAAAAACUGAAAUUUCAGACAGAGACAGAAGGAUCAUGUUUAUUGCUCUGCUGAUCACCUCUGUGCUCGGAACACUAAGUUUCCUCAUGCUGAGAAAGUCUGGUCAGCAGGAGGAAGAGGUUCUCACAGAAGAGGAGGGACAGUCCUUGUUGUCAUCUCGACAAAUAUAUAAGCAGCGAGCCAACUCUGCUAUAAAGAACGCCAAGACAGAGUUCAAAACCAUUUUGCACCUUUUUGGAACGAAAACUAUAUUGCUCUUAAGCUUUUGCAUGGCAUACAGUGGUCUGGAGCUGUGUUUUUACAGUGGCGUAUACGGAACAUGCAUUGGAGCUACAACUCAAUUUGGAGACACAUCCAAAGCCUUGAUUGGAAUUUCAGGGAUCGUGGUGGGAUUUGGGGAAAUAGUUGGCGGAGGCCUGUUUGGACUUGUGUUGAAGAACAACCGAUUCAGACGCACAUCGGUCGUCUUCCUUGGUAUGGUGGUGCAUUUUGUGGCCUUCUACCUGAUCUUCCUUAAUAUACCUGAUGAUGCUCCAGUAGUGUUCAAAACCAGCAUACAGCACAAGCCUUAUUUGUCACCAAGCGUGUCCAUCGCCUUGCUGUGCAGCUUUCUUCUCGGGCUUGGGGACAGCUGUUUCAACACUCAGCUCUACAGUAUUCUUGGUCGAGUUUACUCAGAGCAAAGUGCUCCAGCCUUUGCUAUCUUUAAGUUUGUUCAGUCUGUCUUUGCAGCGGUGGCUUUUUUCUAUAGUGGCUACUUACUGCUGACCUGGCAGCUCUUGAUCAUGGUCAUCCUGGGUUUCACAGGCACUUUGUGCUUCUUCGUGGUGGAGAGGAUGCAGAAUGUCUCGGCUGAUCUGCCUGAAUACUAGCUUUUCUAGUGACAUUGUUUUUUUUUAAGGCAGUAGUUUAAAACUCUAACACUAAAGUAUUUGCACUGUCUUUGUUACAUCACCCAGCGUUGCUAAUGCCACAGUGUAGUCAUGAUCAAGAUUCACCUCGUUUUCAGAGCUUUAAACAGAACACUAAUGUGCUUGAGCUAUAUAAAGUAGCCAUGAACUUUAUUUUAAUUACACUGAUCUUUGCCUAGGGUGUGGUUUUAAUGUACUGGAUGGUUUUGCUUGUUCUCUGUAACACUGCAGUGAUCUUAUGCUGUGGUGCUCUUUUUGCUGUGAUGCAGAAAGUAUCACUGAUAAGUUGAGUCAGAGCUGAUUAUUCAUUAUUUUUAAACAAAGUGUUUUGCGAAAGUAUUCUGUCUAGUAAAUAUAGUUUCUUGGCAGACUCAGGUAGGUUCUUUACAGAGUAUUCCUCAGUAUUUUGUCCCAUCUGUUAUUUAAUUAUCUUUAAAAAUAUCUUUAAAAAGAUUGAUCCUUAUGAAAAGUACACUGUAUUGCCAAAAGGAUUUACUCAUCUGCCUUCACACGCAUAUGAACUUGAGUGACAUC